AUGACUGAAAUACCAGUGAUCGGCCCUCCAGCCACACUGGCCAUCAAACCCAACCCUUCUCCCAUCUCUCUCAUUCCUGUCGAGAUUCUUGUAAAGAUAUUUCGCAUCGUAGCGGACACCUACGACUUCGACUGCAUCAAUUCGGUGCGGUGGCCGAACUAUCGGCCAAGGAGGCACCCGAUUCUCGACGUCGUGCGCCGCGUCUGCGUCCGCUGGUUUCACAUAGCAGGCUCCGACUCUACAUUGUGGACGACUUUAUUUCUAGAGCCGACUCUACUGGUAUCUGAUCCUGGUCGUGUCCUGGCUGGCCAGUCUCUCCGGGCGAAACGGGAGGAUAAAUGCACUGCGUACUCCGGCGACACUCGACCGCUUUCUGUGAUAAUCAACCCUCACCUGUACUGCUGGAGCAAGGACCAGCCGUUCGUAGCUCUGUCGUUCGUGUGCUUUUGCGCGGAGAUGGCGGUGCAGAUCAACCGGUGCAUCCAACCCCAACUCAGCUCGCGCAUCGGGAGUCUUGCGCUACGGUUCACCCAACGUGAUCUUUUUAAACACUUUGAAAAUACAGUGCUUUCCGCUGCUGGCGCCGCGAUGCUCGUUAACCUGCACACGCUGUCUAUCGUCAUCGAGGGUACCGGAGCAAACAGGGUCUCUGUUAAUAUCCACUUGAAUGCCAUGUUCGCGGAGCUCAACAGCCUUCGACACCUUCACCUGGUUUCACACUACGGCGGAUUCGAGGUAUCUGACACACUAGGUCUACGCCUUCAGACGUUCAAACUCGAGAGAAACGAAAUACAAUGCUCUGAGGUUAUAGCUAUUCUAAAAUUUAUGGAAUUUACACAGGCCAUAUGUCUAGAAGGACUAAGGCCCACGUAUAAAGCCCCCAGGGCCAGUGAGCUGCGCAGAGAACGAAUGUCCCGGCCGUGCCUGGAGAAGCUGGUUUUGAAGGGAUGCCACCUCCAAGCAAAGGCGCUGGAAUGCUUCUCGCUGCCAAAUCUCCGGGUCCUCGAGGUCGAAAACGCGUCUUUGAACCUGUUAUAUGACAGGCUCGUUCCGCUGAUCGAGCGCUCUGGAUGCACACUCACGCAUUUGAAGGUGUUCCACUACCAGGAGACACGCGAUUGUGACCGGUUACCCGAGAUUCUCCUCGACCGACAUAUCCGAUUUAUUGCCAAUGUUAUCGUUCGAUACAAGUUUUAUAGGAAAGCGGAGAGGCGAGCGGAACUUCGACGACGCGGUGUUGUACGAGACUACUUUGCGGGAUUGGAUCAGGAUCACAUGCGACGCGUCGUUUCACCUACUUUUAGCCAUGAACUUCGCCGUAGUCUCGAUCCUCGCCUCAAGGAUAAUUAUAUUUUAUGGGGAGAGUAUGACUCCUAG